UAAUUCCGUCGCAUCUCAUUUGCGGCUCAGUGAAAGCUCAUUCAAAACUCUUUCUUUAUUCGAGCCUAAAUCAAUCUCUCUGUAUUUACCAAUCCCUAAUUCAUGCACCCAAUACCAGAGAAGCUCGUAAAAUGGUUAAAUUCCUGUGGUGAUGCUGGUUGGUACUGAAUUUUUUUUUUGUUUGUGACGAUGAGUGAAUGUGAACGGCUCGACAAUGGAGUAGCUCUGUCAUCUAUGAGCUCAAGGCAAACUUCAACCGAAAGUCUCGAGGAAAAUAUACGUAAAAUUUUGACAUCCUGUGAAGAUGACGACAAUGAAUUCCUAGACAGGAGACGCUCAACAAGUUCACCAGAAGAUGUUUCAAAUCGCAAAGGCAAAGGAAGCCCCAAGGAGGUCGAAAACGGCAAGAAAUCAAGCGACAAAGGCAAAGAGAAUUGGGAGAUGGACAGUGGUACACAUGAUUUAGAAAACAUCGAGCAGUUAGUAAAUCAAGCCGCUAAUUCUAAAGGAUCUUCACGAAGCUCUAACUUCCUUGAACUUGCUAACACGCUUCAUCUUGCUGCUUUAGCAUCCCUUAAAAGUGAAAUAGUUGAACUUUCUAGAAAACUCCAGAGUGUUACAGAGGAGCGGGAUAGUUUACAGACAGCAGUGGACCAGACAGCAGCUGAGCGCCAAGAGCUCAUCCGAGACUACGAGGACAGGCUUCAGACACAGCAACAACAGAGUGAAGAACAGAUAACAGAGUUACAAAGUGUUAUAGCAGAGCUAAACAAGAAACAUGACCAGAAUGAUGCUAAUAAGAUAGAUGAGCUUGAUGAGAUUGAGUCUCAAACAUCAGAACAUGGUUCACGCAGCUCAGAGAGCCUUGAAUCAUUGGCCUCCAACUCUGAUGAAUUGGAUGAAGAAUUGUCUAAAGUAGUUGGUGGCCUAGAGUUUGCAAUUGAGAGGCAGUCCCCUGAGUCUAAAGAACACAGUCACGGGAAAGAGCCAAUAAAGGUGACGGUUAAGGUUACCGAUGGUGACAAGGAGCAGGAGACUGGUGAAGAGGGUGCCGAGCCAACGCCCGGUGAGAGUUCCCCUGGUGCCGGCACAGCACCUAAUGCACUCCCUAAUGCAGACAGCAGCAAGAAGCUGGCAGAGUUUAACGAGUUGUCUGAAAAGUGUAGGAUCAUGAGAGUGCAUUGUUUGGAGCUAGAGAAGAAAAAGCAAAUAUUGGAAAAGCGAGUACAGCAGGCGAGUCUGCGGGAAUAUGUGGCAAGGAAGAAGUCAUCCAGUAGCGACCCAGCCACGGAAGCGACAAACGCAUGCAGUGACUGUGAAGUCUUGCGCGAAAGACUGAAAACAAGCAUGAAGGAGUUGGAGCAGGCGAGAGCUGAGAACGGCAGCUUUAAGGAGGAGCGGGACAGGUUGCGCCAACGGAUUCUGGAGAUGCAAGAGCACUUGAAGGCGUUACACCAGAAGACGAUCCAAUACGAAACCACCCGACAGCGCGCCUCGAGCCUCCAUGAGCACUCCCCUCAAGGGGGCAGAUCCCCUCGCCUACCGCGCUCCAACCCUCCCUCGACUAGCGUCACACAGGGCUGGGCGGACCCCCGUGGCCGCCCCAUGCCGAGGCAGAGUGGCUACAACAGCGCCGCCUCCGACGUCUCUAGUCGGGAUGGGCACAUGUCGCCGCGAAUGGCUCGCAGAUCUAGCGCGGAAAACGUGAACGCGGUCCCUAGCCGAUCCCCCUCCACCCCACGAAGAUCUGUUACCUUACCCGCGGGGCAUUAUGGGAGGAGGUCGAGUGCCGGGAGCAACUCGGCACCUUGGUCUGAUGCCUCCACCCCCCGAAACCCAGCCACUAGUAGUACGCAGUCUAUAGCGAGUCAGGUGUUCUGGCGGGGGAUGCAAGGCACUAGUGAUUUGGGCUCGUCACACGGCUCGUCCCAGGAGAUCACGGUUAUGGCGCGCCCGGUCGAGGCUGAAUGCCCGGAUGCGAGGUCUAGCGGAGAGCAGUGCAUCAGGACGCUGAGUCAACUGCCCGAGUUCACCAACGGCAAGCUCCCGUCCGAACUGAUAAGAGCGCUGCGCACUUGCCGUAACCUUGGCGACGUGUACAAGGUGCUGUUCAGCUACUGUGACGAGCAGGCGGACCGGAAACUCAAGGAGUAUGAGCUCGAGAUGGAGCGGCUACGGAGCAAGGUGGACCACUUACAGGCUCAGAACAAUGUCAUCUCACUCUCGCUAGAGGAAAGUCGCGAGAAUGCUGAUAAGAUGUGUAUACUCAUGGGGAAAUACGAAUCGAAUAAUACGGCGCUACAGCUAGCUUUAUCCUACUGUGACAACGUGAUUGAGGUGAUGGAUGUGUUAAGGCAGCUGGCCGAAUCCGAACAAGCGUGCCUCUACGCGAAUUGCAGGGCUGCCGGCGUUAAAACCGGCUUUCUCAGCUACGCAGAGUCGUCAAACCCGUCUUACCGGUUAACGUACGAGGACGAGACGAGGGAGGGUAACGAUGGCAGCAUCGAGUCCUGUCUAGCGCGCAGGCGCGAAGCUGAGACCGAGGCUAAAGUGUUGCUGCAGAAGCUGGACCGCAAUGAGACCCACACGAGUCGGGACCAGCCCUGGGAAUCGGUUUCCUCGCAUUCUCGCACGAGCUCAGGCUCGUCGAACGAUAUGGAGUUCACGAAGGAGGAAGAAACUCGAUUAAAAAGUUAUAUACAGCAAUUGAGAUCGGAGCGCUCGACUAUCGGGUCGACUGUGCUGGAGCUUGAGAGUAUACAUGGUAUGGAUAAACCGGACGAGGUCAACAUGCACCCCAUUGACCCCAAGCUAGACUUAGAGAACGCCGUGCUCAUGCAAGAGCUGAUGGCCCUCAAGGAGGAGAGAGCCGAGCUUAAGGCUAAGAACUAUUUAGUGGAGAAGGAGAAAAAAGCGCUCGAGCUCAAAAUAAAUUCUCGCGAGGCGCAGGAGCAGGCGUAUCUGGUACAGAUAGAACACCUCAAGAGCGAAGUGAAGGACGAACUGAAGAAACGACGCAAGCUUGAGCGUGAGACCAAGGACGGCAAUCUUUCCGGGAACCUAUCCGGCUCUAACUCUGGCUCGGGUACCCUGUCUGACCUGCGCACUAGCGACGAGGACAUGCCUGCGGAUUUACAGGAAGCAGCUCGGCGUGAGAGAAAACUGCGCGCGCGAAUCAAAGAACUCAUGGAAGCGCUUGAGAGCUUGUCCAAAAAUUCCGAGAAUCGCCACACGCAGACCGCCGAGUACGUGUGUGAUCUAAAGCGAGCCAAUGGGGCGCUGGUUGCCGCAUACGAGAAGGCGAAGAAGAAGCACGGUGCAAGACUGAGAAAACUCGAGCAGCAAAUGAUGACGAUGGUUGAGCGGCAUGAUGCACAGGUCCGCACACUUAAAGAACGAAUAUCACUUCUCGAAGAUGAGCUGUCUAGUCGACAAAACGAGACUGCUCUCUGAGGACCAAAACACGUAAUUGUCACGUGCUACACGUGCGAUACACGUGAUCAUUCCAAAUAAGGAAAAGCACAAAACGAAGUCAACAUCAUUCCCGAGACUCGUACGGAGCGUUGUGUUAACAUAUUUGUCACGCUGCUAGCGUGAGUCACUGACGUUUAUCACUUAUUAAAUAUCGCUGACCAGCGCGACAGUUCAAGGUGUAAAUUACGCUUUUUUUAGUUCUAGGAAUUACGCAAAUUAGAGUAUUUAUAAAGAGCUCGGACAAAUCGGGCUCUACACUUUAUAUAAGAAUUUCAGGCGGAUGCAUUUUUUAGAUUUUUCACGUGAGGUCUGAAGUACAAGAGCUGUGCAUGCGCUAGUUUUUGUAAUGGUUAUUUUAAUAUUUUAUUUUUACAAGUCUAGGAUGUUCUAGAAUGUUCUGUUGUUGGGUUACAAUAGGGUGCCAUCCAGCUAUGUCCACAAAUCGAUAAAAAAUACAAUAAUAUAUAAAACUAUUGUUGAUAAAUAAAUUCUUCACAGCUUAAAA